AGUUACGAGAGGUCCACACCUUCUGACAAGUACCGGACUUUGCACUCCUGCCGAAGAGGGAGAAGGCAGGAAGAUGGCUGGCUCCAGGAAGGAAGACUUUUGGUGGGGCCUUUCACAGAGUAGGUGGGGCAGGCGCCUCACCCCAUAGGUGAGUUCACCUGCCAGUCUGUUGCCUGGGUGGGGCAUGUGGGCCCAGUCUGGCACAGGUGAACCGGUGGAGGGUCACAGGAACUACAGGCUGAACCAGGCCAGAGGCCGUAGCUUUAACCGGACAGCCCAGACCUGUCCAGUGCCCUGCCAGUUCCAGACUGGGUUUGUGUCAGAAAAGGAGCCAGACCAUGUUGGGGAAGGCCGGACCGGUGGUGUGGAUGCUCUGUGCAAUCUGGGUGGCCGCUGAUGCUCUUACCGUGGAAACUACACAGGAUGUUCUUCGGGCUGCUCGAGGAAGGAGUGUCACCCUCCCGUGCACCUACAGCACCUCUGUUUCAGACCGAGAGGGAUUCAUUCAGUGGGAUAAGCUUCUCAGAAGUCAAACGGAAAGAGUGGUCACCUGGAAUUUUAUGGUGAAGAAAUACAUCUAUGGGGACCGUUACGAGAACCGCGUGAGGGUAUCUAACGAUGCAGAGCUGUCAAACGCCUCUAUCACCAUCGACCAGCUGACCAUGGAUGACAAUGGCACCUACGAGUGCUCCGUGUCACUGAUGUCAGACCAGGAUGUCACCUCCAGGUCUCGAGUCCGCCUCUUGGUCCUCGUACCACCCUCCAAGCCAGACUGCGGCAUCGAAGGGGAGACAGUGAUCGGCAACAACAUCCAGCUGACAUGCCACUCUGCAGAGGGGUCUCCGACCCCACAAUACAGCUGGAAGAGUUACAAUGCCCAGAACCAGCAGAGACCGCUCGCUCAGCCAGUCUCAGGCGAGCCCUUGUUUCUGAAGAACAUCUCCACAGAGACAGCGGGUUACUACAUCUGCACCUCCAGCAAUGACGUGGGGACAGAGUCCUGCAACAUCACUGUGGCACCCAGACCUCCCUCCAUGAACAUCGCACUGUAUGCGGGCAUUGCGGGCGGUGUCUUUGUGGCCCUCAUCAUCAUCGGAGUCAUCGUCUACUGCUGCUGCUGCCGGGAAAAGGACGACAAAGCUCAAGACAUGGAGGAUGCGCGGCCGGACCGAGCAGCUUACCAAGAGCCUAAAAAACGGCAGAUAGAAAUUUCCAGAGGGCGGGAAGAUGAGGAUGACCACAGGCAUGAGGAUCGGAGGAGCUCGGGACGGAGCACUCCAGACCAGCCUUUCCAGUGAAGGGUCCUUCUGCCCAGCGGGAGCGGAGAGAGGGCUAGGGCCCAGACUCCUGCUCCGGCUUCCUUUCCCCUAAGCCCCAUAGUCCUGCCCCUCCCCCAGGCAUGGGUGGAGCACUUCUUCCUGUGUAUCUGCCUCUGGGGAGCAUCACUGGCUACCUGAUGACCACUGAAAGGACCUUUCCUCGUUGCUAAAUCUGACUCAGGGCCUGGCCUUCCCCCUAGACCAGACAGCAUCCCUCUGCCUCCCUCAUGGCUGGCAGGGCCUCCUAGAAGAUCAGCACGAUCCGGGGCUGCUUCUGUUCAGAGCUCCCCAUACAGGCAAGUACCGGUUUAAGCGCCAGCUUUAGAAGGCGGGAGUCUGCCCCGUCCAACCAUGCCCAGCACUCAGGGGAGAACCAGUGACGAGCUUGCACUCAAUAUUUUGUCGAAUGAAGGGAAGAAAUCAACAAUAAGAUAUCGUCUCUGUGAUUUACUGAGCUUAAUUGUGCCCUCCAUGCUGAGGGGCCACGGUGGCCUCCAGCUUCUCCCUCAGCCUCAUCUCCCACCACAGCAUUCUUAGGACUUUUCAAACAGCAGUUCCAUCUCUACCUGUCAAAAGCCUGCCUGUCCUUAGGACCCACCAGUCUUAGACCCCCAAAUCUUUCUUAAUCCUGUCGCGACCGCGAACACACAGGGAGACAGUGAAGUCACAUUGUCCCACACCUAGACCUGGGCUGCCUGCAAGGCCAUCAGAGAUAGACUUCCUGCUGUGUUAGAGUACGUGCCCUGGAGCAGGGUCUGGAUCUUGAAGUCUGGCAGCCAAAACUGGGGGCUUGCCCUCAUGGCCAGUGCUUUGCUUCCUGCAUGUGACUCGAGACACCUGGUGACUCCACCCAAGCCCUGUGUUAGUCUGGUAAGGGGGGCAGACUGGUUUAAAAUGAGCACAGACACAAGCUUACUUCCCUCCACCUCUGCCCAGCCACGGCCUCUGAGUGCCAGCUGCCCUGCCCGCAGCCUCCCCUUCCUGUCACUUCUCCAGGACUCAGACCAGAUGGGCUGCUCCAAAUGUGUUUUACUACUGGAUAAACUUUUCUGGAUCAUCAGAGAAGCAACUCUAUCAGUCCCUUCCCCACUUCUGAUGUUAUGGACACGUGUAGUUUUUAUAUACUUUCCUGAACUCUUUUUUUGAAUCAAAAUGCUUCUUUAUCAAUAAAGUUCCUGGAGGAAAUUCA